ACGGAAUAUUCUGCCUACGCAUUCUAAGCCUCUUAGAUGUGCUUCAUAUCUGGCAUGAAGUUUUCGUUUGAAAAGGUCAAUUUAACAUCUUAAAGUAUUUUAUUUAGAAUUUCGUAAUAGAUGACCAAUAUUUUUCUAAAAUUUCUACUACUACAUUUUGAACUCUAAUAUGUACCCAUGUACAUAUUAACGUUUCUCGAUAGAAGUGUCACCUCUGUUAUUGUUUAUUUGUCACGAUAUUUCAGUACUGUUAAAUCGUUGUUACUCCCGCGAUAACGAUGUAUGCUUAUAAUACAUAUGAAAUUAUUAAAAUCGGCACACACCUCACAAGUUAUAAAGAUGAGUUAUAAGCCUAACAUAAAAAUUAUAUGGGUGUCAUAAUUCGGUAGUCAAUAACAUAUAAGUACAAAGCAAUUGUUUAAGAGAUUAGAGCUCGAGCUGAAACAUUCACUUCAUUCAUAUUCACCGAGCGAAAAUGAAGGCCUGUAUUUCAGCUUGGACAAAUAUUAUUUUGUAUCAUACAUCGUUAUGGCGGAAGCAACAAGGAUUUGAAAGAUUAUGAUAAAUAAAUAAUAACAGAAGUGGCACUCCUAUCGAGAAACGUUUAUAUGUACCUAUGAGUGCAAAAUGUAGCACUAGAAAAUUUAGAAAAAAAAUAGUCAUGUAUUACGAAAAUCAAAAUUAAAUUCGUUAAGAGCUGACAGAUUUCUCGCGCAACGUAUUAACUUCGCAAUACAGCGGGGAAACGCUGCCAGUAUCCUCGACACCAUGCCAAAGGGGCCAAAACUUUUUAGACGUAUUUUAAUUUUAUUUAAUAUUGACAAAUGAUUAAUUAUUACGAAAAUACUAAUUGGAAUCAUACUCUAUGUAGCGUGACAUCAUUUUUCCGUCAACGGCACGAAAUGUUUAGAAUGUGUAGGCAGAAUACUCCGUUUAUACAAUACAGACAUUCUGUUACAUGUGUUCUUUGACAGGCUUGUUUUUACUCCCGCGAUAACGAUGUAUUCUGGAUGUUAUAAUAUAUAAGUUCAGAAUAAGGAUUUGUUUUAAAUGUUCGCGAAGUCCACAGCUCACCUCACAAACCCCCUGGUUGUAGAUUAUUCUAUUUUAAAUGUUCCGCAUUUCGUUUAUUUUUAUACUACAGUAGGAGAUUUUUAUUCAAACAGAUUACACAGCAUUACAGUUAGAUACUAAGGCACUGUGGAAUGCAUACAAAAUUAUUACUAUCCUAAAACGUUAACAUAAAUUUGUGUUAUACAAUAACAAUAAACUUAAAUACUAACCGAAGACGCGUGAUCAUCCAUUGCCUCACAUAACCUCUUACAUUCGUCACAUAGUAUCUUCCAACUACUGGCAAAAACAUCACAGUCAGGUGCCGAUUUGAGCAGUGCGUUUAAGUAUUGUAAGACGCGAACUGAUGGUCAGUUCCUGUACGCCACAGUGCGCGCUUUAUGAACUGCCAGCAAGUCGCAUUUACGUGGCCUAAAAUUCGUAUUUGAUUCAAACAGAGGGGGCACUAGAAGGCGUAAAAGUUCGAGAUGAAAAUCUAACAUUGAGCCAUUGCACACAGCACUUUAAGAACCACCCUAUGCGUUAUUAUCAGAGUACACUUUUGAAAAGCCAUGAUAGUAUAUGAAAAUGGGUAGUGGUAGGUACUAGGUGGUACUGACAAACAAAUUCCGUUGCUAUAGAGCUUGUUUGCAGUAAAGGGAAUUUUAUUCAUGUGAAUCGUUGUAUUUUUUCUCUAAAAUUUUAUAAGAGAUAAUGCUAAUUAUUGUAUAAGGGUACUGUGCUAAUCUAAACUUUUCGUAAUUAUGUAUGUGUGAUCUAAACCGUGGUUGUGCUGUAUAGAAGAAAGAAAGGCUCUAAAAAAAUAUAUAACUGCGGUCAGGACCCUUAUCAACUUUUUAUACAGACAGGGGGUUAACUAUAGCACUAGAGAAGGUUUGAGUGUUAAAAACAGUAAAGAUAAAAAUAACCGGAAAAGUAAUUAAAACAGUAAUAAAAGAUAACAAUAAAAACUGCCAUAUUCGUGUCAUCCAAACCAUAAGCACUAGUGUAAACAGUCUCAAGGAAAACAGUGCACAUGCGAUCCUAAAUCCAUAGAUUUUAAAUCAAAACGUAUAAUAAAAACUUAUAAAAUCAACUUCACAAAAAAUAGUGGCAUGGUUUCUGAUCUUCUGCAGCAGUUAUACUCCACCAAAUGUCGGGUUUUCAUUGAAAAUGCACUAGUUUCUGUAAACAGUUCAAAUGGAGAACCUCCUUCUUUUGAAGUCAGUAGUAAUAAAUAAUCUAAAUAUUUUUUUCUUAUUGCAUUAAAUUCACUUUAAAAUGAUGUAAAAAAAUUAACAAUACCUACCGAGAAAGAUAUAUAUUACCUUUUAAAUAAUAACCAGUGUGUUAUUACGUUAGUCACGAUUCAUACUGGACACGAAGAACUUUAAAACACAGUGAUUAUUUUCAAUAUAAUAUUUAUCGCAAUGACGACAAACGAAGCGUUUACCGCAGAUGUGAAAAACGACAAUAAUAUAGAUAAGAAUACGGAUUGUGGAGUGUGGAGCGUGACUGGGAAGAAGAAAGACAAAGCUUAUACUUAUGAAGACGCUUUAACUUUGGCAGGGAAUGGCAGCUACACAUACGGGCUACUGGCGGUGCUGAGCCUCACGAUCCUCUCGAUGGCCUGCGACAUGUUCGGCUUCUCCGUGGUGGUGGCUGGGAGCCAGUGCGACCUUCAAGUCACGCCGAGCCAGAGGAACACUCUUAUGUCUAUGCCUUUUCUUGGUCCAAUAAUAAUGUCGUACCCAUGGGGCUACUUCAGCGACACCCAGGGCCGAAGGAAAUGCCUCCUCCUAGCGAUGAGUUUCAGCUUCGUAGCCACAGUAAUCAGCUCCCUGUCUCCGAAUUGGAUCAUGCUUGCUGUGCUCAAGUUCUUGAGCACGAGCUGUUGCAGUUGCGCGCAGUCGACAACAUAUGCGCUGUUAGGAGAAUCCAGCACACAGCGUGUGCGCAGGAGCUACAUGCUCGCUAUGACCAGUGUGCUUAUGCUCACACCCGCCUACUAUUUUUCGGUAGGCUAUUUCCUCCUUAACAUGGAGUACUCCAUCGACCUGGGCUUCAUCAGCUUCGUGCCCUGGCGUCUCCUGGUGCUGUCCUUGGCGCUGCCCAUGGGCAUCAGCUCGCUUGCGCUGCACUGCUUUUACGAAAGCCCCAAGUUCCUGGCUAACGCUGGUAGAGAAGACCAAGCGGUGGAACUACUCAAGAAGAUUUGGAAGAGGAACGGCGGAAAAGGUCAUUAUCCUGUAAAGAAGCUGAUCCUAAAUGAAGACUAUGCGCCAGCGCUUGGCCAGCCGCUACUGCGGUCUCUUUGGCGACAAACAACGCCGCUGUUCCGGCCUCCGCUGCUGUGGAGGACCUUACAGCUGUACUACAUUACUGCGGUGGUCUACAGUGUUAACAACAGCUUGGUGAUGUGGCAGCCGUUCAUAGCCAACGCGGUUCUGGCGGACGGCGGCAGCGCAGGCGGCGUUUGUGACAUAAUCCUCAGAACGCACAACACUGGUGGAGUUCAGCCAACCGCUUGCUCUUCAAAACUGGAAUACCUCACCACCAUAUUUGGCAUUGGACACUCCAUCUCGUUCGCUCUAAUGAACGCGCUAAUGUCCCGUCUCGCUCGCAUGAAGCUCAUGCUGAUUGCCAUACUGGCGGCGGCAGUCGCGUCUGGUACUGGGAUUAUCGUCGUGACCAACAAGCUGGCUAGCUUCGUCCUGUUUCUCGGGAUAAUGAUCACGGGGCUGGGGAUUGGAAUUGUGUUCUCGUACUUUGUUGAGCUGUAUCCGACGUCUUAUCGUGGGAUGGCGGCAUGUCUCGGGGUGAUCAUGGCGCGGGGAAGCGCCCUGGUCGCCAUCAACAUCCUCGGCUCUUACAUGAUGACGAGUUGUCAUCAAUGCUUCUACGCUUUCACCGCCUACAUCUUUAGUGGUCUUGUAGCUUCGUUCUUCCUGCCUGCCGAUAGCAAAAAGAAGACUUAGUUAUAUUUUACCAUAAAUAUAGGUUUUUAAAUUAUUAGCUUUUAGCUAAAAGCUACUUAUUUCUUAAGUAUGUUACAAUUAUUGCAAACAAUGAUUUAUAAAGACCCCCUUAGUUGCCGUGUAAAGUAGACAUUCAACAAUUUAGUAUAGUUUAACUAUAGGGUAGUAAAAUGGGCAAAAUGCCACGGACCCCCGAGAGAGGUCCCAAUUUGACUGAGGAAAUAAAACCAGACAAGGCAAAUUUGUAAAAUCGUUACUGAUUAGUAAUACUCGUUGAUCUACGGCCAUAUUUUUUUCCUUAGGAAUUCCUUGCGAUCCCCGAAUCCCCAACAAAAAACAUUUAGAUUGCAAUAUUUAUGACAACACACAUAUUUUAUUCAGAUCUUACAUUUUAAGUUUUAUAAGUUAGUAAUAUAAUUCUGUUAUUUGUUUUGUGUUACAUUAUAAGUAAAUACAAAAUAAUUCAUUUAAAAAUAAUUAAUAAUCAGUAAUUUUAAAAUGAUUUGUUCCUUAAAAUAUGAGAAUCAGCGGGAUUGCGUCUUACUUGCCUAGCCGAGAUUACAAUCACAACGACAAACGCCAAACAAAAAGAAAAAAAAAAUCGGAACGACAGAUCCUACCAAAAGUCACGUGACUUUUUUGAAGUGAAAAUUUCUUUAGCGGCGCUGUGCACUUUUUGUGAUGGGGAAAAAAUGUUAAACUCGCGUCAGGUCACAAACAAACAAGCAUACAGCCCGCCUGAUAGUAAGCAGUCACCGUAGCCUAUGGACGCCUGCAACUCCAGAGGUGUUACAUGCGCGUUGCCGACCCUUUUAAAAGCCUGUACCUUUGUUGAAGAACCCCAUACUGUAUACCCUCGGGAAAACCUCGGCAGGGAGCUCAUUCCACAGCCGGAGCGUCCGCGGUUGGAAAUUCCUCUUAAACCGCACAGUACGCGACCAUUUAGGCUCUAGGGUAUGAGGACGCCGAUGGCGAGCGGUGCGGUGAUAGAAAGUGGCCGUUGGCAUCAUGUCGAACACUUCUAUAUAUUUCCUAUUUUGUAUUUUUAGGGUUCCGUAGUCAACUAGGAACCCUUAUAGUUUCGCCAUGUCCGUCUGUCGGUCUGUCUGUCCGAGGCUUUGCUCCGUGGUCGUUAGUGCUAGAAAGCUGAAAUUUGGCGUGGAUAUAUAAAUCAAUAAAGCCGACAAAGUCGUACAAUAAAAUCUAAAAAUUUAAUUUUUUUUAGGGUACCUCCCCUACACGUAAAGUGGGGGUGUAAUUUUUUUUUCGCUUCAACCCUAGAGUGUGGGGUAUCGUUGGAAA